CCCACCGACCUCGCCGCCCUCGACGCCCAAGAGCGCGAGCUCGUGUGGCCCUUUUUCACCGCCGACCACGCCUGGUUCAUCUGCACGGGGCUGCGCGACAUCCUGCACAAGAUGGGCCAGCACGCCGUCAUCGACGUCUCGCUCGUCGCGUCGCACCGCGUGCUCGCGCACACGGCGACCAACGGCACCGUGCCCGACAACGAUCGCUGGGUGGAAAGGAAGCGGCGCACGGUGGUCAGGUGGGGGCAUAGCAGCUGGUAUAUGCGGCAGAAGUAUAAGGGGGAUGAGAAGGCGUUUAGGGAGCGGAGUGGGCUGGGGGAGGAGGAGGGGAGGGGGUAUGCGAUUCAUGGGGGCGCGUUUCCAGUGAGGGUGACGGGGGUGGAGGGGGUUGUUGCUGUCGUUGUUGUUAGUGGGUUGAAGCAAGAGAUGGAUCAUCAGAUUGUCGUGGAGGUGUUGAGGGCGGCGUUGAAGGAUGAGAAG